GAAAAAGUACCUUGGUUGGUCGACCUUGCCAGACUGCGUCGUAAAGGAACGAUCUGUCGCCUAGUUCGCGCCAUGAUCAUCUUUUGAAAUCGCGCCCCCGGAAGUUGCGAAUUCGUCCCCAACGCGACCUGCACACGGCGAAAAGGCGCUCGCUGCGCUCAAGCUGUCAGUCUCUUGGUUACUCAUGGCCUUUGGGCAAACGGCCUGAACCAAGAUGCCUGCUUCCACGCUUCUCAACGGCUCUCAGAGGCGGCCGGAACUGCACCUCGUUAGCGACGAGGACUCCGUAAACGAACAGGAUAUCCUGCGAAACCCUGGAAGCAUCAAGCCGUGGCUUGCCUAUAUUCAGUUCAAGUCUCAACAUGGAACCGUACACGAACGCACUUUCGUGCUCGAACGAGCCUGUCUCCAACUCCCCCGGUCUUACAAGCUAUGGAAGAUGUAUCUUACCUUUCGCACCAAGCACGUUUCGAAGCUAAAUGCUGCCAUUUUCCCCGCCGAGUACCGAAAAGUCAAUGCCUUGUUUGAGCGCGCGCUCAUUCUGUUGAACAAAAUGCCUCGCAUCUGGGAGCUGUAUCUGAAGUUCUUGCUUCAGCAGCCGCUGGUCACGACCACCCGACGCACUUUCGAUCGAGCCCUUCGCGCCUUACCGCUUACCCAGCACAAUCGGAUCUGGGCCCUCUACAAGCCGUUCAUCAACUCUGCCGCAGGUAUCAGCGCCGUCAAGGUGUGGCGCCGCUACAUGCAAAUACACCCCGAGGACGCCGAAGACUUCAUCGAGCUCCUUGUGCAGGUCGGCUUCUACACUGAAGCCAUCAAGAAGUACAUGGACAUUCUCAACAACCCGCGCUUCACUAGCAAGCAAGGGAAAGGGCACUAUGAACUGUGGAGCGAAAUGGUGGACUUGAUGGUCGAGCACGCGGCGGAGAUCGAAACCGGCCACGAAACGGGUAUUGAUGUUGACAGGAUCGUCAGAAGCGGCAUUGUCCGGUUCGCCGAUCAACGAGGAAAACUCUGGUGCGGCCUAGCGACUUACUGGAUCCGACGAGGCAGCUUCGAGCGCGCCAGAGAUGUGCUCGAGGAAGCCAUUACCACGGUCAUGACGGUCAGAGACUUCACGCUGGUUUUCGAUUCGUACACCGAGUUCGAAGAGUCCAUCAUUGGAGCCCUGAUGGAGGUAGCCUCGGAGCGUGCCGACAACGGUAUCGUGGACGAGGAGGCAGAUUUCGAACUCGACAUACGGAUGAUGCGGUUCGAGCAACUCAUGGACAGACGGCCGUUCCUUCUCAACGACGUAGUACUGCGCCAGAACCCCAACAACGUGUCUGAGUGGGAGAAGAGAGUGGCUCUCUGGGGAGACAAUCAUCUCGAAGUCGUUCAGACAUACACAGCCGCCAUCGCCACGAUACAACCGAAAAAGGCCGUCGGGGCCUUCCAUCAGCUUUGGGCCAAUUACGCCAAAUUCUACGAGCGUGGUGGUGACAUACGCAAUGCGCGCAUCAUCAUGGAGAAAGCCGUCAAAGUCCCAUUCAAGUCCGUUGCCGAAUUGGCUGAUAUGUGGAUUGAGUGGGCUGAGAUGGAGUUGAGGAACGAGAACUUUGACGAUGCCGUACGGAUCAUGGCCAAGGCUGUCCAGGCGCCGAAGAGAUCCACAGUCGACUACUUUGACGAGACCCUAUCGCCGCAGCAGCGUGUGCACAAGAGCUGGAAGCUGUGGAGUUUCUACGUGGACCUCGUGGAGAGUGUCAGCUCUGUGGAGGACACACGGAAGGUCUACGAGCGCAUUUUUGAGCUGCGAAUCGCAACACCGCAGACAGUGGUCAACUACGCGAAUCUGCUGGAAGAGCACCAGUACUACGAAGAGUCGUUCAAGAUUUACGAACGUGGCCUGGACCUCUUCAGCUAUCCCGUUGCCUUUGAGCUAUGGAAUCUCUACCUCACAAAGGCCGUGGAUCGCAAGAUCGGUAUUGAGCGUCUGCGCGACCUCUUCGAACAGGCCAUUGAAGACUGCCCACCCAAAUUCGCCAAGGUCAUCUACCUCAUGUACGGCAACUUGGAGGAGGAGCGGGGCCUCGCGAGGCACGCUAUGCGCAUCUACGAACGCGCGACGCGUGCAGUGGCGGAUGAGGAUCGGGCAGACAUGUUCAACUUCUACAUCACCAAGUCGGCGUCCAACUUUGGCCUGCCAUCGACAAGGCCAAUCUACGAAAAGGCGGUUUCCACUCUACCCGACAACGAAGCACGGGAUAUGUGCCUAAAGUUUGCCGAUAUGGAGAAGCGCCUUGGCGAGAUCGAUCGGGCGAGAGCCAUUUACGGUCACGCGUCACAGUUCUGUGAUCCACGCACCAGUCCAGCCUUUUGGACCAAGUGGGAGUCAUUCGAGGUGCAGCAUGGCAACGAGGAUACGUUCAAGGAAAUGCUCCGUAUCAAGCGGAGUGUGCAGGCGCAGUACAACACGGACGUCAACUUCAUCGCGUCGCAAGCGCUUGCGCGUAGUCAGCGGAGACCGGAGGACUCGGGCGACGCCGAGGUGGACGAUGCCAUGGCGGCACUUGAACGACAAGCAAGAGCACCAGCCGGAUUCGUGGCUGCCAGCGACGCUACCAAGAUGAACAGCACAUUGGAAGCGCCGCCAGCGCCAGCAAAUCCGGACGCUAUCGACAUUGACGACCUUGACGAGUAACAUAUAUCAAUUUCUCCGGCCUGGCGGUGGUUGGCUAGUUUUAGGUAAUAGCAUACAGACAGCAGGACCCCUACAAUACUUUUCCAGUCCCGGUCUCCCCAUUCAAAUCAGUUCAUUCUUCACUGUUCUCCCUCCCCUUGUCUGGCUGGUUUAUUGCACAGCCUCACAUGUGGUGGUCUGGCUAGGCGUACUGCUCCAUGCCGCGAGCGUGGGGGGCGUUUCUCAUAACACGCCGUGCGCCUGCUCAGAACAUCACUGUACCAGUGACUAUUUCGCGGGCGUCUUGGUAUAGCCCUUCUCGGUGUGCUUCUCAUGGAACCCCGAGGCGUAGUUGCGGUCGACGUGGCCAUCACGGGAACCCGGUGUGGCGUAGAUGGAACCCUUGCGCUUUUGGAAGCGGCUCGGGGGCACCUUAGAUGCGUCUAGUAGAUGAAGCACAUCAGUCAGCACUCAAAGGACUCGCAGGCUUCAAAGGGCACUUCUAGGGCUCACCCCAUUCGUCGGUGCUGGCUCUGCGAUCUAUGGGCGAGGAUGAGAGUGCAACGGCAGGCUCUCCGUCGAGUGCGACUGGCGAGCUACCGACCUCGGUCGGGAUGCUCUGGGUUCCAUCUUGUUCGUCUGAUAGUCCGUGUAAGCAAGAUUCACAUGCGCUGCACAUAGACGGGGACGCCUACUUGACAUGGUGAUGGUGAUGGUGGAUAUACUGGAUGGUAUGAGUAUAGGUUUGCUCAGUGGCAGGUCUUACUAAGAGUUCAGAAGAUGAGUUGUGUAGGGUGGUGGCUGAUAGAAACGCCGUUUGAGGGUAUCGUGGUGUCGCUGGUUAGGUGGGCAAGUGGAGAAGUUGAGCAAAGGAGUGGGAAGGGAGACUUGAGAGGGGGAAAGACGUGAGUUUAUGAAGGCCCAGGCCUCGCGAUUGCCUUCUUAACGGCAGCCUGCGGUUGGGUAGCAUGGACGAGUCGUGGAGGGUGGGUGCUACUGAUGGCAUUGGAGGGCAUGGUGAGGGAGGAGCAGAGGUAAGGUAGCUAGCUAAUGAAGCUGGCGGGCGUUGAUGUCAACGAAGGCGGAGGCGAUGCAUGUACUGUACGAUGGGGGG